GCUCCUGGCCACAAAAAAGGGGCCGGGCCGCAGGGCGGAUCCUCGAGCUGAAAACUGCGGAGGCGAAAACGAGAGGUCGAGCGCCGGAGAAGUUGGAGCUGAGCCGAUCCCUCCUUUCCCGGCAUCUGUGGGGUGCAGACAGUGCUCUCACCAGCAUGAAAGACGAUAUCAGUGUUUGUGAGCCGCUCCUGGAGGAGGGAGACCACAGCAACCUGGUACCUGUACAGAGAGUCUCAUACAGAGAGAGGCUCUGGGGAAUUCUUCCACACCGUUCUGUGAUACCCUGUCUUAAUUUAUGGAACCAUUUGGAUUAUGGCAAGGCCUCUUUUCCCCACAAGACUUCAAAGGAGAAGGCCACUAUGACGGAGGCUACUGGGCCUCCAGUCAAGAAAAGAAUCUGCACUUUGCUUCUGGCCCUCAUCUUCCUAGCCAUUGUGCUAAUCAUGCUGAGUGCCUCCUACCUCUUUUUCAUUUGGUCACCGUGGAGCCAGCCAGCUCAGGCUGAAGUUGACUGGAUCACAGUCUGUGAGAACACAACAGAGGCCAUCUUGGUGGUGCCAGAAAAGCUGAGUGUUGCAACUCUUCUGAAAGCCCAGAGCCAAGAACCACCUCAGAGAGCCAUGAGGAAUUGCUUGGACGAAGCUGUUCUGAAGUUCUCGGAAGAAGGUGUGUUAAAGAAGAAUGCCAGGAUGGUCCUUCAGUGUAAUGGAACGAGGCGGGAGUUCCUGUCUGGAGAAGGGGAAAAUGACAUUGAAGUAGUCUGGAUCAGUGGAAGGGUGGAAUACCUUGUCCAUGAAGCCAGCCCCGAAGUCCGUGUGGCGAGGCUUGGCCGCCAUCCUUUGCCACUGAAUCUCACCACUAUUAUUGGUGUUCGCGAAGAUCUGGCCACCCAGGCUGCCUUGGAGGAGCUACAGGACUGCCUUGAUAAGGUUGUGCAGGAAUUUCCCCGGGAGCCUAUGGUGGUGCAAAACAGUGCCAUGUUGAUGGUAUCAUGUGGGGCAGACCUGAGCUUCAUCUCUGGCGAGGGACAGACCAAGAUCAAUGUGUACAGAGAAGACUACAUGAAUGGGGAUAUUCAGUAUCAGGUGAAAGCUACCGGGUGGGCUUGGUGGGCCAGGCUUUUCACGAGGGGCUCCACCUAGCUCAGAGACUGAAGGUGAACGAUGGCUGGGCAGACAGAGGUGGGGGCAGCAUUGUGAAACUCUGCUCAGGACAGAGAGAGUUGAUUAUAUAGCAAUUCCCUGCUUUCGAAAGUUCAGGGAGGGAGGGAGUUGAAUUCAGCUCAGUCUUCAGUGCCUGUUCAUUGCAUGGUGGGCAAUAAUAAAUUUUUCAGAUGUAGUUAUUUAGCAGACCAGCAGUCUUGUUCAGUAUUUUAUUCCAAGAUGCGUCUCCUGAAACAAGGGACAGUGCAGAAUCUCAAAUUGAAUUUUGGGAUUUAAAAAUCUGCGAUUUUUGCCCACAAUAAAUCAACCGACAGGAAAAUAAAUGAUAGAAAACUAAAAGUAUACACAUAUAUUGGUUCAGUGCUUCAUAAAUAACACACAGUGUUUGAAAAUCUUCUUUGGCUUUUCUGAUGCAUCAAGUACAGUGCCUAUAAGGAUAUUGUAGUAAAUCAAUACAGAUAAAAUGCACCUUUUUUUUUUAGAAGUGGGGAGGAAGAAGGGAAGAGCAGAUGACAUUUUUAGGCAUUACUGGAACAUACCUAACUUGCUAAUCAUAAGGUCAAAGAUGCAUGGGUGAUUCAUGACCUGGAACUUGCUCGACAAUCUUUUUCUUUCUCCAGAGCCAAAAUACUGCACUUUCCAUAUUUUUGUUCUGUAUUUAUUCGAGUGGAGUUUUUAAUGUCUUUGCAGCAGAAGUCUGAAUGUGAUGGUUUCUUUUAAAAAUUCGGUGAAUGUAUAGUUUUG